AUGAUUAAACAACAGCAACCACAACAACUUAAGGCACAAAGCACCCAGGUCCCUCAGACCAUUACAUACGCCAUAUAUGCAUAUAAUUCAAAGACGGCAGAACAAACGCAAAGGUUGAAAUAUGGAGAUUUGGAGAUAGUAUUGAAAAAUGACCAUUUCGAAUUCGUUUGCAAAGGUGGUGCGGUGAUAUCAAAUAUAAAAGAAAUUUUAUUUAUGAAUUCAAAAAUUAAAGGUAUAACGGAUGAUAUAACAUCAAUUCCACCAGAAGAACAGAGAUAUUACGCAUUAAAUGCAUUUCCUAAAGUUUUGAAGAUUGGAAGAUUUAAUUUAAAUGAGGAAUUCAUAGAGGGUUUCCUAAAUGACAUAAUGAAGAAGGCGGAUAAGGAAUAUGUGGAUAGUGAGUUAAAGAAGAGGACAGAUAAGGAAUAUGUGGAUGAAAAAGAUAAUGAAAUUAAAGAAAUGGUUGAAUGGUAUCAUGAAUGGACAUCAAAGAUUUUAAAAACUAAAGCUGAUACAGGAUGGGUUUCAGGAUGUUUAGACCUUAAAGCAGAUAAAACAUAUGUUAACGAUGAGUUAGGGAAGAAGGCAGAUAAAACAUAUGUUAACGAUGAGUUAGGGAAGAAGGCAGAUAAAACAUAUGUUAACGAUGAGUUAGGGAAGAAGGCAGAUAAAACAUAUGUUAACGAUGAGUUAGGGAAGAAGGCAGAUAAAACAUAUGUUAACGAAAUAUACCAAAGUUUGAUAGGAACAAAAAAUAUUGAAACUAUUGUUGGCGACUUUUCUGUCAAUGAAGAAAAUAAAUAUUUUAGAUGGCAGUUUGUACACUCCUUAAAAAAUGGUAUACGGUGGAAACUCAUUCCGAAAAAUAACAAUGAAAUGUAUGUAAGUUAUAAAAAGAAUGAUGACACACAAGUUAAAGUUCCAUUAGACAACAACUGCUACUUAAACUUAUAUGGAGACGAACAAAAGAAAUAUUUAAGAGUUUAUGAAAUGGCAGAUAUGACAUUGCCUGACCCAGCUCCAGCACCAUAUUAUUAUGACUAUGGAGAUGAUGUCAGAACACCACAUGUAGAUGAACAAAAGUUAACAUUAUAUUUAGAUUAUUAUAGAUAUAAAAGAUAUAAUGCAAUAGAAAAAACGAGAAUAGUAUAUUAUUAUACAGAUGACAGAAAUAAAUAUUAUAGUCAAGAUUUUACCUACCCUGAAAACAUAAGAUUAUAUUAUAAAAAAUAUUCUGACACAAACCAGAAGAAACCUGAAAUAGUUACACUAUAUUUUAAGUUCAAAAGAGACAAUCCUAUAAUAUCUCAUAUGUUUGAUUUAAUGAACCCAGUAGGUUCUAUUUAUACAUCUAUGGAUGCAAGAGGUCCUCAAGUAAUGUUUGGUGUUGGUGCAUGGGAACAAAUAGUUGACAGGUUUUUGUAUUGUGCGAACUCUUCAAAGCAAAUAGGUGGUUCGAAGAAAAUUAAAGAAGCAAACCUUCCACCGCACACUCAUACAGGAACUACAAACUUUUCUGGUGACCAUAGUCACUCAUUAAAAGACCAUCCAUUAUACAACUCAGAAUAUUAUGCUGGCAAUGACGUUUUAUCUCCAGAUUAUAACCAUUCGGCAAAAAAGACUUUUCGACCAACUGAACCAGGAGGAAAUCAUUCACAUACUUUCACAACAAAUCCAACAGGCUUGGGUGAAGAUUAUAUGCCACCAUUUAUGACUGUAUUCGCAUGGUACCGCAUUUAUUGA